UUCCCGCUGACGUGUCCGCGCCAAGCUGCGCCUGCGUCGUCGCAAAAGGGAAAUCCAACAUGGCGGCCGCCGGUCGGCUGGUGGCGAUUCUUGCGAUCGUUUUGUCUGACUUCGCCUUCAAAUCCGCGGAUUCCUUCAUUCCUCAAACUCAGAGAUGCGUGGACGCAAGUUGCAGAGAGGCCAUUUCUCAGGGCCGUGCGAGGAAGUCCUACAGGUCAGCUGACCCUCGUCUGCUGUCCUUCAACAUUCAUGAUGUCAUCACUGUCUUCAGUAAGGAGGCAGACAAGAAUGGCUUGUGGGGAGGGGUGGUUGCUGGGAAGGAGGACACGUUUGGGUACUUUAGGAAGGAUGCUCUGGUAGAGCUGAAUAUAUUUCAUACAUCACUGCCACAUAUAGUUCCUACAAAGGAAGCACUGCAAGGAAAUAUCCAAGAGGAAGAAGACACUUCUCAUGGUCACCCCCAGGAUCACCUGGCCCCAGGGUCUGAAGGGGAAGACCCUAGGACUAUGCAUGGGAGGGGGGACCCAUCUGUACAGAGAUCACAAGUGCCAAAUGAAGAGGAGGGGAUGGUUCAGUAUAUGGGUCAGGAGGGGGAGGACCAUGGUGCCAAACCUGUCCGUGUUCAGUGGGAACCUAUGAACUAUGGCGACCCCUCUGAACAGGUCGGGCAAAAUGGGGCACCCCCACAGGAGCAGCAACAUGGUAUGCCCCAUCAUGAAGUGUCUCAUUAUGAAGUGCCAUAUCACACUGAGGAAGGUCACCCUGAACAGAGGACAGGUGGUCUGCAACAUGACGUCCCACUAUCUCAUCAGCAGCACUGGCCACAGGGAACACCCCCUGAAGCCCAACAUGGUACAUCCCACCAGGAGGACCCCUCUCCCUAUGGCAUUCACCAUCAGCAUGAACAGAGGGACUAUGGGCACCCACAUUAUGAGCAUGGGGAGAAUCAGAACAUCCAUGAAGAAUCAUCACAACAGGCAUCUAAAGAAGAACAUGACACAAAUUUAGAGCAGAAGAGAUCACACAGGAGAAAAGUCAAAGUAAAAGCCAUAGAUGCCACAGAUGAGGACAAAGAUCUGUCUAGUAUGGGGGUUGAAGAUCUCAAUGACUACCUUGAGAGCUUGUAUAAAGACAUGGGAGAUGAAGAAAAGGAAAGUCAACAACAGGAUGCAGAAACAGAGCAAAAGAAUACAGACGAUGAGCAAGAGGCCAAAACAGAGGAGGAGCAAAGGGAGGAUAAAGAGGGGCUACAGCAGGAGGAGGAGGAAGACAUUCAGCAGGAGAAAGAAGAGGAUUUCCAACAGGAGGAUGAAGAGGUGAAUCGUGAAGAACGGGAGGAUGAAGAAGAGAAGGAAGGGGAGGAUGAAGAGGACGUGGAACAAGAGGAUGGAGGGGAGGUGGGAAAAAUGGAUGACAAAGAGGGUAAUAAAGAGGGGGAUGAUGAAGAAGAGUUGAAAUGGGAUGAUCAAGAGGAGGUGCAACAGGAGGAGGAAGAGGAGGUACAGAAAGUGGCUGAAGAAGAUGCUCAAACGGAGGAUCAAGAGAAGACAGAACAGGGGGAUGUAGAAGAUACACAAUGGGAGGACGGGGAAGAUACGCAACAGGAGGAUAGAGAAGAAGAUAGACAACAAGAGGGUGGGGAAGAUAUAGAGCAGGAGGGUGGGGAAGAUAAAGAACAGAAAGGUGGGGAAGAUACACAACAGGAGGGCAGAGAAGAAGAUACACAAAAAGAGGGUGGGGAAGGUACACAAGACGGUGGGGAAGAUACGCAACAGGAGGGUGGGGAAGAUACGCAACAGGAGGGUGGGGAAGAUACAGAACAGGAGGGUGGGGAAGAUACAAAACAGGAGGAUGGGGAAGAUACAGAACAGGAGGAUGGGGAAGAUACAGAACAGGAGGAUAGGGAAGAUACACAACAUGAGGAUAGAAAAGAAGACACACAACUGGAGGAAGAAUUGGAGAGAGCAGAUGGGGGGCAGCAGGAUGAUGGUGUAAACAAAGAGGAAUUAGGUGGAAUAGAUUAUAGAAAAGAAAUGGGUGGUGAUGAGGAAGAAGAUGAUGAAGGGGAUGAUGAAGAGGAGGAGGAGGAAGGUGAUGAUGAUGAUGAGGGGGAUGAAGAGGAAGAUGAUCAAGAGGAUGAGGCUCUAGAUGAUAUGUUUUUCAAUAUGGAAGAAGUUGAUGAAAAAGAUGGUAAGGAUAUAGGUAUAGAAAAGGCAGAACAUGAAGAAGACAAACAUGACAAAGAAAAGACAGGAAAAGAAGAAGAAAUGGAAGUGGCUGCAAAGCAGGGGGAGUUAGAGGACGAUGAGGAGGAGAAGACAGAAGAUGGUAAAGAUAUUGACAGCCCAUCCCAAGUGAGUGACAGGGAAAUUCAGGGGGAAAAUGGAGAGAAAGAACAAGAUACAACAGAAGAACCAGAAGAAGAACUGAUGGAGGAUGAAAAUGCCAUAGCAGCAAAUCAGUUGCACGGCAUCCAAGAGCAAGAGGGCUCUGAGGAGGAGCAGGAAGAAGAGAAAGACGAGGCACAUCAAGAGGAAAUAGUAAGCCAAGGUGAUGCCCCAGCUGAAGAUAACAUGGACGAGAACCAGGCAUCAGAUACGGAAGAACAGUCAGCUCAGUUAGAAAAACAGGACCAAGUCCCCAAAGAAGAGGAGGACCUUUCACAACACAAAGAGUUGAGCUCAGAUGAAGAGUCUGAGACCACUGAAUCAUCUGAUGGUGAGGAGACUACUGAGGAAGAGGAACAGCUUGAAGAUGAAAAUGCUGCUGCUGCCUCAGGGUUGAAAGAGAGUAACAUAGACGUAGAAACAAGUCUUGAGAAUGGUGAUGCAAAGGCCAUUGGAACACUGCAUGACCAAAGUGAGGAUGAAAGUCAGGGUCCAUCUUCUAUAGAUAUAGAGGAAACUUUGGAUGGCAUUGUUGAAGAUCAAAAUGAUGUGCCAGGAGAGAAGAUUGAGAGUUCAGAUGAGAAUGACAAGGAACCUUUGGAAUCUGAUAUGGUGGAAAACACUGAAUCAGAUUAUGAAACCGCUGGCAAUGAUAACUUAGAUAUAAUGCCUGAAGACAAUGUCAUGAAAGAUGAACAGGAAGCGACAGAUGAGUUGUUCAAGGAUUUGAAACAGAAGUCUCUGACUGAAGCAGGAGUAGAUGAUCUUGAUGGUUUAACUGACACCAAGAUGGAUGAAGCAUCAGCAAGUGAAGUCGAACCAGAUGUUGAAAAGUUACUUGAGACACCUCAACUGAUGGAGAUCCGGGACAAACUAAUGGAUAUGACUGAAUCCAUUACUGCAAAAACUAGAGAGAGAACAGAAACACUGCUUGGUCAGCUGGAAUCUAAAUUGUCUUUUGCAACAGCAGAUGCAACAGAUGUCAACAGCCAGGAUGACAUGGAGGAAAACCUGAUCUUGGAACCUGGCCCAGAGGUAAAGGAUGAACAGGAGGAAGAUUCGAAAGCAGAGGAGAAAGUCAACACUGAUACCCUGUUUCCAUUUGGUAGUGGAGAGAAUGCCAGGCAACAGCUUAGAGAACAGGUUGAAAAGCUUACCAAAUCAGAUGGUGUCUACCAAAAACAGCAGGAAAGACUAAGACAGGAAAUGCUGGAUUGGACUGCUAAGAUGAAGGAGAAACGUGAAGAGGCAAGAAAGGCCAAGGAGAACAAAGGGGAAACAGUCAUAGAUGGAACCACGAUUGUCUGGGAUGAGGUGUUGGAUGAUGAUGUUGCCAUGUCAACUGAGGACUUACCAUUUGAUUGGGAUGAGGUUCUGGACAAAGAGGCAUUUAUGUCUGAAUACAGCCAAAUAAUGGGACAGCCAUUUGGGGAAGACAUAAUGCCCACAAGUGUUCAAAGUAGUCCUGACAGCAUGCUGUCCACUCCAGUCGUAGACAUGAAAACAGAAGCAACUGCCAGUUCAGAUGAUAUGGCCAUUGGGGACCUGGAGAAAGAUGUAGCAAAACCAGGGAUGCAGCAACUGUUGCAAGGCAGUGAGGUUUCUCCAGACAUGGGAGAAACAGACAGCAUUGGUGUUGCAGAUCCUACAACUAUUCAGCCAACUGAGCCACUGCAGUCUGCACAUAUAACUGAGACAAGUGUGCCUUCAGACCAGGCUACAGCACAAACACCACAAUACAUACUGCCUGAUGAACCUGCACGGGGGUAUGGUUGGGAUGGACGCAGUACAGAAAGAACACUUAACUUGUACUUGGAAGGUGCCAAACCGGAACAAGUCAUUGACAAGGUUGGCCUUGACUCUGAGAAGUUAGAUGCCCUCAGAGCAGAAGAAGAGAAAGAGGAGGAAGUUGCACCAGACCAGACAGAUGCUGCAGACAAAGAGCAACCCACAUCAGAACCAGCAACUGCUUCUGAAUUGGAAGCAGAUGAAGACAUCUCAAAGACUGACACUGAGGACAUCUACAUAGUGUUGGACUUCCAGUUUCUUGAAAUGCUCGGGGCCCUGGUGCCACCGGAGUGGGCGGAGCAGCUCCGCGGCUGGGGGCUGGAGUACACACCGAACGACCUGAUCUUCCAGGGCAUCCCCAUACCCUGGCUGGCCGUGGUCACAACGCUGCUUGUCGGGAUCGUCACAUUCUGCGUCUUUUCCUACAAGUGUGUCACACGGUGUGUCCAUGGAAAACCAGUGGACCCAGCAGUCGUGAAGAAACAGCUAGAAGCAGAAAUUGAUAAAGCUGCUAAGGAGAAAGAAGACCUGAGGAAGGGUGCAGAGGCUGCUGAAGACAGAAUACGAGAAUUGGAAGAAACCCUGGAUGUAGAAAAGUUCUCUGCCCAAGCCUUGUCCAAGAAGAAUUCUGAACUAGAGGAGAAGUUAUCAUCUAAUGACCAGUUGGAAGUGACCCUGCGCCAGGAGAUCCAGAGACUUAUGGACCAGGUGUCUGAGGCCAGGGAACAGUUAGAGUCUACAUCCUCAGAGUAUGCAAAACAACAGGAGAUAGAAACAGAAUACAAGAAGAACUUAAAGAAGGAGAGAAAAGAAAAAGAAAAGAUACAAGAGCGGCUAACAGAGAUCGAGAGUAAGACCAAACACCUUGACAGUGAGAUGGUGAACAUUAAGGAACACAGGGACUUACUGGAGGAGAGCAAACGUCAGUUGGAAGAAGAAAUUCAAGGACGCCAAGAGCAAAUCAUGGCAGAAUACAUACCAACAGAAAGGUUUAGUGAACUGAAGGAGUCCAUUGAGCUGAUCAAGCAGGAGAAUGAGCAGCUGAAGGAGAAUGUCCAGUAUAAGGAAAAUGAGAUUGAGGCUCUCCAGGUCCUCAGAGACUGCCUGAUGCAGAUCAAGGCUCUGGAGUCGGAGGAUGCUGCAGCUGUGGUGGAAGAGGAUAGUGAAGAUGCCUCCACAGCAAAGGAUGAAAAGAUUCAGCAGAUGUUGGAUGUGGCACGAAUAAACUCCACCCUGAAGCUGGUAGAGUCAGAGCGGGACUACCUUCGCUCUCGGCUGGAGGAAGCGGACGGCUCUAGGAAAGAGUAUGAAGACAAAACGGACAGGCUCCAAAUGCAGGUGGAUAACCUUUCCGAGGCCAGGAAGCGUGCUGAGAAGCAGUACUAUGAGGCUCAGGUGCGCCUGAACACUCUUCAGGACUACUUCAAGGAGAAAGAAGUGGAACUGCAGAGAAAACUUGGUAAAGAGGAAAUGAUCCGGCAGGAUGUGAGUGGCAAGGUGCAGGAUACACAGGAAAAGUACAAAAUGGCUAAAGAACAAGUGGAGCUCUACCAAAACCAAAAGGAUGACCUUCUGAAAGAAAUGCAGGAGUCGGAGAGGAGCUUCAGGAACCAGAUAGCAUCCAUCGAGAAGAAGGCUCAUGAAAGCUGGAUGGCUGCCAGGACGUCAGAGCGUGAGGCACAGGACUCCAAAAGAGAAGCUGCCACACUCAGACAGAAGUUGCUGGAAGUUGAGAAUGCCUUGGCCAAAGAGAAGGACAAAUACCUGAUGCAGUCCCCACCUCUGAUCAAGCCAACACCAAUCAAUGGACCACCUCCUUUCCCUCCACGGUUCUCCCCACCCCUGCUGCCCCCAGGGGCACCCAGGCACGGUCCUCCCUUCGGCAGAAGUCCACCUCCAGGCCGUAAUGGUGAUUUUGAUGGACCCCCUUCCCCACCCCCAGAGAUGGCUUUCCGAGGUCCCCCACCCCCCAUGGGGCCUCCGCCCCUCGGACCACCCCCAUUCCGUGGCCCUCCGGACGACUUCCCAGACAGAGACUUUGACCGCCGUAGUAGACCUUCCUCUGAACGGGACUUUCCUCCUGACAGAGACUUUGAUCGCAGACCGCCCUCGGAACCGUUUGGCCACCCUGACUUCGGUCCAGGUCCACACAGAGGUCCACCUAUGGAUUUCCCACCCCCUCGAGGAGGCCCCCCUCCUAUGACACCCCCUGACCUGAGGAGAGGGUCGGGAUCCCUCCCUCCUAUGCCUAUGCGAGGACCCCCUUCUUCUGGGAGAAUGUCAGGCCCCAGAGAGCUUAGAGGACCUCCCAGGAGACCAGAUGAGGAGUCAGGCUCACAAGACUCCAGAUCAACUGGACCCCCCUCCCCUCCCCCCAUGGGUAUCCCACGAACAUCAUCACCAUUAGACUCCCCACAGCACUACAUGGGCCCCCCACCCCCUGGCGGCCCCCCUCCCCAACACUUCAGCCCUCAUGGCCCGCCCCCUCCCCGGAGGUCUCCCAACCCCCCUCCCAUGGGGAGAAGACCACCCCCUAGUGAUGAGGACAGACGAGACCGGUCCAGAAUGCCGCCAUAGUACAAACAUCUCAGAGAAAACAAACACUGUCCUUAAACCUCUGGCUUGCACUGGAGGGUCUCAAGUGUCUCAAUUUUAAGUGCCACAUCUUACAAAGUGGUACAUAUUAAUCUGGUCAUAUGUAAGGUUCCUUUCAAAGAAGUUAAAUAUACAAAGUCUCAAGAUAUAUGAAGCAAUUAUUUUGUUGCAUAUGUAUGUAGAACAGCUAGGGGAGUUCCUCUA